ACCUGCCGCCCGCCUGCAGGGGGCAGUGGUUGCAGCGGGAUCCCCAGCACCGGCCGACUCCGCGUCCCGCGGCCCUCGCCUUCCCCGCUCUUCCUGUCGUCUGGGUGACGGGCCCGCCUGAGGGCGGCCGGGGCAAGCGACCGCCAUUCCCGUGUCGCUCCGCCCGCGGGGGCCGCCCGAGCCGGCCACCAUGCCGCUGGGCCUGAAGCCCACCUGCAGCGUCUGCAAGACCACGUCGUCCUCCAUGUGGAAGAAGGGCCCGCAGGGGGAGAUCCUGUGCCACCACUGCACGGGCCGGGGCGGCGCGGGCGGCGGCGCGGGGCCGGCGGGCGGCGCGGGGGGCGGCGGCGGCGGCGGCGGCGGCUUCGGCGCGGCCACCUUCGCCAGCACCUCGGCCGCCCCUCCGCAGAGCAACGGGGGCGGGGGCGGCAAGCAGAGCAAACAAGAAAUUCACAGGAGGUCCGCGCGUCUCAGAAACACCAAAUACAAAUCCGCUCCCGCUGCCGAAAAGAAAGUUUCCACUAAAGGAAAAGGGAGAAGACAUAUUUUUAAAUUAAAAAAUCCUAUCAAAGCUCCUGAGUCUGUUUCCACCAUCAUCACUGCAGAAUCAAUCUUCUACAAGGGAGUAUAUUACCAAAUUGGUGAUGUUGUUUCUGUGAUUGAUGAACAAGAUGGAAAGCUCUACUAUGCUCAGAUCAGGGGUUUUAUCCAGGACCAGUAUUGCGAGAAGAGCGCAGCACUGACAUGGCUCAUUCCUACUCUGUCUAGCCCCACAGAUCAGUUUGAUCCUGCAUCUUAUAUCAUAGGGCCAGAGGAAGACCUACCGAGGAAGAUGGAAUACUUGGAAUUUGUUUGUCAUGCACCUUCUGAGUAUUUCAAGUCAAGGUCAUCACCAUUUCCCACUGUCCCCACCAGACCAGAGAAGGGCUAUAUAUGGACUCAUGUUGGACCUACUCCUGCAAUAACAAUUAAGGAGACAGUUGCCAACCACUUGUAGUUACAACUAAAACUGAGGCUGGAAGCUCAGUAAUAUAUCCCUUACCCAGCAUGCAUAAGACCCUGGGUUCAAAACAAACAAAAAACCUCAAAACUGUAUUUUUCAUUUUCUUAUAUUUAUACAAUGUGAAAAAUACCAGACACUUCCUUCAUGAAUUUUUUUGGGGGGUUGAUCGUGGGGCUUGAAUGUGGGGCCCUAGGUUCUGCCUCUGAGCUCUUUUGCUCGA